AUGAACGUUCACAUCUCCGGUAAUCUUAGCGGCCGCACUGUUGUUUUUCUCGCCGGUUGGCCGGACACUCCUGAAGUAUUUCGUGAGAAUCUCAUGCAUGCAUUAGCCCAGAGCUACCGACUUGUUGGGAUCACAUUGCCCGGAUUUGAUCAUAAUUCCCCAUUAUUCCGCCAUCAUUCCAAAACUGGAGCAGUUGCCCUUCCUGUUCCUUUAUUAGGGUAUUCCUUUGAUGAAUUGGUGGAUCUCUUUGAGAUUGCUAUUCUCGCCGCAAUGGAACAUUCUCCGUUGGAGAGACCAAUGCUUAUUGCUCAUGAUUGGGGAUGUGUAGUGGCCUCUGAGUUCUUGUUAACACGGCCUUAUUUUUUUUCUCGUGUGGUAUUGCUGGAUACGGGUGGACCUGUUUCCGAUACAUCUUUUUUAACUCCAGGUGAUGAUAAUAAGAGUAGAUGUUUAUUUAGUCUUGGGCUAAGGUGGGCUUUUAUUUUUUUAUUUCAAUUGAUUAUUGUUACAGCUUAUAUUUUACUUCCAGAAUUUUUGGGAAGAAGAGCUUUACGUGUCUGUUUGCGAGUCACCCGUAGACCUCAAUAUCGAUAUGCAUGUUCACCCACCAUUAAACCCAAUAAAAAUGCUGGAAAGGAAUUCGUAUUAGUUUCAUCUUAUGUACAAGAGAAGAAAAAAAAGGACCCUCCUCUUUGGUCUCGUUGGAAGUCAUGGCGUUUAGUAGAUGUUGUGAAUGCCAUCAUCCAUUUUGGUUGUGAUAAUACCGAUAGUAAAAGUGGUGUAAACACAUUGGAUGCGGCAUUUCAUCAAUGUCGAUAUUACUAUACAAAUGGAUUAUUGAUGUAUACACAACCUCCACAUCCCAGUGCAACAGGUGUUUGUUAUACCUGUUAUAGUUGUCAUGGAAAUAGUGUAGAGUGUGAGGAAUGCCGUACAUUUGAUGGAAGUAACAAAUCCAAGUGUUUCCGUUGGAGUGAUAAGUCAUCUGCAAAGACACAAAGUGAUAGUGAAAACAUCGUUGAUGUGGAUCCCGCAUGGGGAUGGAUUUAUCUUCGUUAUUGGAUGUUGCGAUUAUCCCGUCUUCUCCCUGCUUCUCAGCGCUUUCUCAUCCCAGUUGCGGUUCCUGUGCUCUUUCUCUACGGUUCGCAGAAGCCGGUGAUGUUGCAUACACCGCAGUGGGAACAUUAUAUUGGAGUAAAGGGCCAAUAUGAUGGAUCGGAGGUUAUCGCGUUUCCAGGCGGUCAUUGGUUCUUCGCUGAGCUUGGCAACAGGCGACGAGUGGCGGAGCGCGUGGCGGAGUUUUUAGAGAAAGACACACACGAGUCACUAGUAGACUGA